AUGCGCUUUCCGAGACGGGCAACUCUCCCUGACACUGGCGAUACUGAUAGCUCCUCCAGUGACGACGACGAUGACUGUGCACCUGGCGGUGGUAGUAGUGACGCUGACUCGGAGCUUUCAGACGAAGACCUGGGCAUUGUGUACGACACUUCCUUUGACUACGAGAUUGAAGACGAUGAAGAAAAAUCAAAUGCCGCCUAG